AAAGGCUAUCAGCCCCCUCAGGGCAGGUGGAAAGCUGAUCCGCCCGUGGUUGGUGGGUCAGAGUGUGUCAGAAGAUGGACCAGGCUCGGCUUGGCGGCGCCCAAAAAUAGGACAAGAGGCAGCAGAGAGAAUCUGGGACACGGGAAGUUCCACCUGAACGUCACCACUGAGAAAAAUGACAUCUGGCUCUGUCUCAGUUCCUCAGAUCAUCCCACUUCGAAUCCCACCUCCAGGGAAAGCUCAACGGGAAAUAGACACAAAUACUCUCAUAGAAAUAAAAUCAGAUACACCUGGGACCUCUAUUUAUUACACUUUAGAUGGAAGUAAACCAGAACUCGUUUGGAAACCUGGCUAUGGGACAUGCAACACUUUGGAGUAUCAGGGUCCUAUCACAUUACCAGUGGGAAAAAUAAUGGUCAAGGCCUUGGCAGUUACAGAGGACUACAGGGAGAGUUCAAUUGUGACAAAGGUGUUUGUGGUAGAGUACCAGCAACCAAACAUCCUUUUCCCUGUAGAAGAUGAUGACAACAAUUUCCUAAGAGACAUGGUUGCACAGAAUAAGGAAGGUGGAACAUUUACUACAAAACCUAAGAAGAAUCGACUGAAUGUGGAAAUCAAACCUGCCUGGGAUGAAACACCCCAAGACCUUCAAGACAGAAAGCCUUCUCACAAGUCCCCUCAAGGACCUCAGCUCCUUGCCAGUCGUUUAGGAGCCACAGAGUACAGAGAGGAAUCCAACUCAGCACAACCAAUGGAGUCAUUGCAGUUUGCAAGUUCCUCUGCAGUGAAUAGCCAGAAAAGCUUAGCAAGCAUACAGGUAUCAAGGAUCCAGAGUGAAACAAAUUUCCUUAAAUGUGCACAUUGUUCUGCCCCUCGCCUGUCCAAGCCCUUGGCUCACUUCUGCCAGAAGUGUGGAUCUCCUAUCCCCCCUGUGCCAGUCCAGCACUUCCCACUCCCUGAAGGAACGCAGAUGGCACCGUGCCUUGAAUGCAGACAUCUUGUACCAAUGAAUACACCCACUUGCAUUAUCUGUGAGUCACCAAUAGCUCCACAGCUGCAGCCCCAAAACAACAUCUGCAUAAAGGGCAAAGUAAUUUGUCAGGUGUGUGGCACAGGAAAUCCUCUUCACCAUAUACACUGUGCGACUUGUGAGAGCAAACUGCCUGAAGUACAGAUGCCCGUGUUUGGAGGAGACUCCUGCCUAACUCUCCAGGGUCAGCAAAGGAAGACAGCUCAGUGCUCAAAAUGCAACGGCGUGAACCAGAGCGACGCCCGCUUCUGUGCUUGGUGUGGGGCCAAGCCUGGACCUCCUCCAUCCUACUUUACUUGUUCCAAGUGUGGUACCAGCAACCAGCCAUACGCUCACUUCUGUGUGUCUUGUGGUGUCUACAUAGAGCCCCCAUCCAGACAGAGCUCUCCUGGCAGUCCCAUGGAUCGUGGGGACUCACUGGGAUGGUCUGAGGCAAAGCGACUACAGGCUCAAGUUGCCUGGCAACCUUCUCCUGUUUCCUUACCUAAAUCAAGGGCAGAACUAACAGAAAGAAAAGAUAAAGGAACCCAAACCAUUGGACUUUUUUACCCAUCCAGCAAACUGUUGGAAAAGAAGGCGCUUGCGCUGAUUUCACAAAAAGAAAAGGUGAAAAAGAUGAGUGAUCAUAAGCCUCUCCUGACAGCCAUUAGUCCCGGAAAAGGUUACUGGAGAAAACAGCUGGAUCACGUUUGUGCUCAUGUUAGAAGCUAUGCCCAGAACAGCCCUGCAUUCAGAACACUGAUUGGAGAACCUCAAAUGGGAAAGAUUAAUUAUGCUACCAUCUCUGAAGAUGACUAUGAAGUCACCAUUACAUUGAAUUUUGCUGCUAUAAACAAGGAUAUUCAUCCUAACAGAGCAGUGAAGUACAGCAAUGAUUACCUUAGUGCUGGAACAGAAGUCACAGAUGGACAGGAUGACAGUCAGACUAAUUUUGGCAGAGAUGAUCAUGACCUUUUCUAUUCAAGAGACAAAAUAAAGAGAACCAAAUCAAGAACACUCAUGGGACAGGGAUAUAAGCUCUCUGGAGCUGACCCCAAUUCCCUCAGCAAGGAGGAGCGCCCUGCCCUCACAGUUGCUGUCCUGAACAAGCACCCAGGAGCCAUCUCCCCUCUGGUGCAGCAAGGGGCUGACAUUGACCAGCAGUCAGGGCCACACAACAACACAGCUCUCCAUGAGGCAGUUCUGCUGGGACUGGAGGGAGAGGAGUGCAUCAGAGCCCUGUUAUGCUGCAAUGCAAGCGUGCAAAAGAAGAAUGCAGCAGGGCACUCAGCACUGGAUUUGGCUGUUGCAGCUGGAGAUAAUAAGGUUAUUUCACUGUUCCAAGUAAGUCUGGAUAGAGACCACUGAACAAACUUAUAAGACACAGGAACAUUGUUCUCAUCAGUGUGUUAUUACAACAAACUUUUUCCCAAAUAAAGCUGAAGGCUCUUUGACUUUGG